CUGUGUCAGCACCCUAGUCACGUGACUAGUCAGCUGGGCUCCCCGCACAUCUAGACUUCCCCGCGACUGUUUACAAAGCUUCAUAUCUCCCAAACAGAGGAAUUCGGAGUUCUCCACCAACAGAAAACCGUCAGAGAAAUGAUUGCGUCCGGACUAGCCAUCGUCUUGUAAUACUUGAAUUGGGCCAUGCAGCACCCAAACUUCGAGACCCGCCACCCACUCCAGGCAGACGAGCAGCAAGAAACUGGAUUCGACCCGCUAAACAAUAUCAUCAAGAACCGAAGCAGAGGCUCUCUCGACAGCAGCACUCACUCACAGUCAACCUUCCUCUCUUACAGGAAAGAAUGGGACGACUUGUUCCUCAACAGUAAUUACCUGGCCAAGAUCCGGCAGGCGGGCAUCAGCGGUCGACUGAGGAGCAGCCGCUUUCGGAGUGUGUGUUGGAAGUUGUAUCUAGAGGCUCUCCCAGAAGACAAAAGUCAGUGGAUCAACAAAACUAAGGAGCUUCGGGGCCAGUAUGAGAAGAUUAAAGAAACGCAUAUUACUAACCCUCGCAAGGCUGCAGGCCAACAGGACUUGGUGGUCAACAAUCCGCUGUCCCAGGACGAGGGGAGCUUAUGGAACAAGUUCUUCCAGGAUAAAGAAUUGAAGGGGAUGAUCAAACAAGACGUACUGAGAACGUUUCCUGAGAUCCGUUACUUCCAGGACGACGAUGUGCGGACCAAACUGACGGACAUUCUUUUUUGCUACGCUCGAGAAAACGAACAGUUGCUUUAUAAACAGGGGAUGCACGAAUUGCUGGCGCCCAUAGUCUUCGUGCUUCACUGCGACCAUCAAGCCUUCCAACAUGCCAGCGAGACGGCGAAUCCGAGUGAGGAGAUGAAAUGCCUGUUGAAUCCGCUGUACCUUGAACAUGAUGCCUAUGCACUCUUCUCUCUGCUGAUGGAAACAGCAGAACCGUGGUUCUCCUGCUACGAGAGGGAAGUCAGGCGGGGUAAAGAAGAAAUGCUCACCAGCAUCCCCUUUGCUCGGCCUCAGGACGCGGGGCCGUCUGUUGCCAUAGUUACCAAAGUCAACCGCAUUCAAGAUCAGCUAGUUAAGAAGCAUGACGUGGAGCUUCACAUGCAUCUCAACCGUCUGGAAAUCGCUCCUCAAAUCUACGGAAUCCGCUGGGUGCGUUUGCUAUUUGGUCGUGAAUUCCCACUUCAGGACCUUCUAGUGGUUUGGGACGCCCUCUUUGCUGACAGCAUCACACUGGACCUGGUGGAUUACGUCUUUGUGGCCAUGUUGCUUUAUAUUCGAGACGCUUUGAUCGCCAGCAACUUCCAAACAUGCCUCGGCCUCCUAAUGCACUACCCCCCACUCGGAGACAUCAACUCUCUCCUACAGAAAGCUCUAUUUCUCCGAGAUCCCAGAAACCAUCCUCGACCUGUUAACUACCAGUUUCAGCAGAAUUUGGAUUACUACAAAACCAGAGGAGCAGACCUGAUGAAUAAAACACGCUCCAACACAAAAGCCGCCCCCCUCAACAUCAACAAAGUGUCUACCAGCUUGCUAAACUUUGGGAGGAAGCUCAUCUCUCCGGCCAUGUCGUCAGGCACUACCACAGUAUCGCCCAUCAACAGCGAGGUGCACUCCACCUCCUCCUCUUCGUCACCUACUUCCACCUCAGCGCCCCCUUUACCACAUCCCCUCGCCGAACCUCCGACUGUCCCGGGACCACCGCAGACCCACUCGCAUUACCGUCUUUUGAAAUCCGAGAGCAUGCCUGUCCAUCUCAGUAAAGAUGUGAUUUCAGGUGGAGCAUCUCAUCUGCCAACACAGAGUGACACGCAAGGCCAAAUCACCAGGAGGCUAAGUUCCUCUCCCAGCAUUGAGAACUUCUCCGCUGGUCAUUCCUCCGCCUCGCCGCCUCUGCCGCUCUCCAGGGGAGGCAGCGAUUUGAGCGCCUCGCCGCCUCCCUUCUCCUCUGCCAAGAAAGAGUCGUUUUUCCACAUCACCCGCUCGCGUUCUCACAGCAAAACCAUGUCCAGGAAGGAAACGGAAGAAGAUUUGGAGGCCCAAGUGUCAUUCUUGCAGGGACAGAUCAACGACCUGGAGGCUAUGAGCAAAUAUUGUGCUAAGAUGAUGAACAGCCACAUUUGUAAAAUUCAGGAAGUGAUUUUACAGGAACACUUAGAGAAAGAAGAUGAAGUGCUUGUUUCAUUAGCGGGGCUCAAACAGAUUAAAGAUAUCCUCAAGGGGGCGCUGCGCUUCAACCAGAGCCAGUUGGAGGCCGGAGAAAACGAGGAGAUCAACAUUGCCGACAACCAUUACACCUCAGCGGUCGAACCCGCUUCCAGCGGGCGCCGUGACAACGGCCAGGCGCGAGACGGCAGAAGAAGGCGAGGCCCCGACGGAGACGGAAGCAAUAUGGCGGACGAGGAGGAGGAGGAGGAGCCAACGAUGACACCGCAAGAGGUGCAGCCCGAACCUAAGAACUGGGAGGACUACAUCCUGGUGACCCAGGACUGCGACCUGCAGGGAUCAAGCGCAGGAAGGCGAGGCCGCGGUCCGGUGCGCAUGGAGCCCGAGGGAGCGGCGGGGACCUUCGCCGACCCCCUGAUGACGGCCGUUGCGUCAGGUUCGUCCAGCCCAGACGAAGGCUCCACCAACAGCAAGGACUCUGACUUCACCAUUGUCAACCCCAGUGAUUUUUGAACAAGUAAACCAUUCUCGCCUUCCGUUUUUUUUUUUUUUUUCCCUUUUUUCUCCUUGCGAGGUUGUCGAAAUAGAUGAGUGACUUGGAAUCAAAGAUAGGAAAAGGACUUUGAGAAGCUGCUAUACUUUUAAAAGUUGUACAUGUAGACUGUGACGGAGAGGCUGGCGUUUUCCAUAAUCUUUUCAGUACUGUCUAAGCUUUGGCGGAAUACAGUGGUACUUUGACUUACUCGUUUUUCUAAAUCUUUACUCGUGGGAGUGAAUAAAAGUGACAUUGAAAUUCGUCGCUUCACUCUGACUGAGCUAAAUCGACACUAUCUUAAUUUUUUUGACAUCACUUUUUACUUCUUCUACGGCCCCAAUUGACGUGAAAUUGUUGUAAUAGGGAUACAUGUACAUAUUUUGCAAUGGCAAUUUUAAAAAGUAUAAAAAAUAUAUAAACAGUAAUGACUUAAAAAGCAAUGGGCUAUAAAAUAAAAAAAUCAUUUUAAGAAAUGUAAUAAUGUAAUGUAAAAUGUAAUAAAUUAAAAA